AUGUCAAAUGCUUCUAUUGUUUUGCCCCGUCCGGGGACAGUGAAGCCGGGCAACGCAGUGCGAGUAGUCAAGGCCCCCUCCGAAGCUGCUUUCAUCUCUACCUUUGGCCAACUGCUGCCACCAGCAUCAUAUUUACAGACGCCAAAAGGCACAGCUGCAUAUUACGAAAUCCAGGCUUCGUCUCCUACACCCAAAGACAGCAAAAAGCCAAUUAAACGUGUGUUUUUCGUGCAUGGUAUUCAGACGCCUUCAAUCGGCCUACAACCACUAGCAAGCGCGCUAUCUUCGUUUUUUCCACAUGCCCAGUGUGUCCUUGUUGACCUAUGGGGCCACGGCCUGACGGACACACCAAUUGUACCCCACGAACCGGCAAUUUUUCAUGAGUUGUUAGAGAAUGUGAUGGCGCAUCUUAGAUGGGAAGAUGCUCAUUUCAUUGGGUAUUCGUUUGGCGCAUCAACUGUGGCGAGUUUCGCCGCUAUUCGCCCUCAACGUGUAUCAUCCAUGGUGCUGGUUGCCCCCGCAGGGCUGAUACGCUCCACAAAUUUUGGGCCGCAGAAAACGUAUUUGGAUGGUGGUGAGGGGUUGGAGGAGCAGGCACAGGCGUGGAUCUUGGACUUUCUUGAAGGGGGUCCGUUAACUGUUCCCUCGGAUUGGAAAGAUAGGGUCAACCGAGGUGAAGUGGUUGCUGAGGCGGUUAGAGAUUGGCAAAUGAAAGAGCAUGAAGGGCAUCUAGCGAGUGUGGUAGGUUUAUUUAGAGACGGCGGAGCACUGGAUAGACAUGCAGAAUUCGCUGAAGCGGCAACAAAAAGCAUUAAGACCCUAUGUAUUCUUGGAGAGCUGGAUGACUUGUGCAGUACAUCAGACCUGCAAGAUGUUGCUAGCAAACUUUUUUCACUGCUGAAUGUUUCGGACAAAAAACCUAACGGCAAUCACAAAAUGGCAGCUAUUUUAGCAAGUACCGGAAACAUCGUUGGAAGCAAUGAAGUAUUCAUGAAGCCAUCCACGCGAUUGCGAAAGCUCAUAUCGCAAGAUGGCGUAUGUAUACAAGCUCCGGGAGUGUACGAUGGUAUAUGCGCUCGCGUAGCUAUCGAACAAGGCUUCCAGGUUAUGUAUCAAUCCGGCUCAAUGACUACUGCUUCUCGUCUUGGUCGAGCGGAUCUAGCUUUUGCAUCUCUCAACGAUUUUGCUCAAAAUGCACAAAUGAUUGCGAACAUUGAUCCUCGAAUUCCACUUAUCGCAGAUGCGGACACUGGAUUCGGGUCCCCCCCGAAUAUUGCUCGAAUGGUGCAGAUGUAUGACCGGUGCGGUGUGGCUGGCUUUCACAUUGAAGAUCAAGUAGCCAACAAGAGAUGUGGUCAUUUGAAAGGCAAGGACGUUGUUGAUAUGGAGACGUGGAAGUCAAGAAUAAGAGCAUGUGUAAUUGGUCGUGACUCAAUUUAUGGAGGAAGUGAUAUUGUGAUCAUCGCACGAACAGAUGCAUUGGCAGUAGAGGGUUACGACGCAGCUCUUGAGCGGGUGGGAACAAUGUCUUCCGUCUAA